AUGGAUGAUUUGUGGAAUCAAGCAUGGGAUUCUUUGAUUCAAGAGGUGCAGAGGGAGGCCGACGAGGAGGAAGCGGCGGCGGCGAUCCCUCGUGAGAUUCGUCAUCGUCGGACAAUCCCACGGGACCAUGUCGGAGCGGCUGAGCGGCUUAUGGCCGACUACUUUAGCGCUGACCCUCGUUACCCGGCUGAGAUUUUUCGUCGGCAUUUCAGAAUGUCGCGACCGCUCUUUACCCAUAUAGCGACGACAUUGGCGGACCGGUUCGAGUGCUUCACGCUCCGGAGUGAUUGCACUGGCCGGAUCGGGCUGUCUACUUUGCAGAAAUGCACCUCUGCAAUUAGGCAGCUUGCCUAUGCCGGACCGGCUGAUAUGUUCGACGAAUACCUACAGAUGGGUGAGACGACUAGUCUAACUGUGCUCCGGCAGUUUUGUAAGGGCAUUCGAGAAGUCUUUGGUCCGGAGUUCCUACGAAAGCCAACCCCUGAUGAGUGCCAGAGACUGCUAGAUAUGCACGGUGCGGUGCACAAUUUCCCAGGCAUGAUGGGUAGCAUUGAUUGCAUGCAUUGGGAGUGGAAAAACUGCCCGGUGGCGUGGAAAGGCCAGUUCACUACCGGUUCGAACAACGACAUCAACGUUCUGCAGUCGUCGCCUAUCUUCAAUGAUGAGUGCCGGGGAGAGGGUCCGCAGAUCAGUUUUGUAGCAAAUGGCACGCAGUAUCGCAGGGGAUACUAUUUGGAAUAUACCCUCGUUGGCCCGUAUUCGUCAAGACACUUCGCCAACCGGCUGGAGCGAAGAGACAAUAUUUUGCGCGAAAACAAGAGGCCGCUAGGAAAGAUGUUGAGCGAGCUUUUAGUGUGCUCCAAGCGCGAUGGGCCAUUCUACGCUGCCCGGCACGAGUGUGGCACGAAGAUGAUGUCGCGGAUAUUAUGGAGCACAGCACAUGACCAACUCCAGGUCGAUUUGAUUGAAGAGAUCUGGGCACGUAGGGGAGGCGGCGUAGCGUGA